AUGAGCGUAACAUCGCCAUCUGGAUUACCUGCUUACGGCUCACUCUACAAAGAUUUCGACAGUAUCGUUGAAGUGGAGUGGCAAGAUUGUAAUACUAUCAAGGGGCAUAAAGAGCCCUCAGACCCCUCAAGGGGUGACGAUCGUUCUAUGCCCAUCAGAGGUUAUACCAUAGGGGAUAUUCGCAUCCAUUCGAUCCGCCCAACCGAGGAAAGUGCAAACUUGUCUGCCAUCCGACCGGAAUACCAACAAAGGGAAAGUCCAGAGGAAAUUGGAUUUUUAGAUCAACAUAUAACUGGAAAUAUCAAUCCUAGUCCCAUCAAAUCUGAAGAAGAUUUCGACCAAAAGGGCGGAUAUAGAGAUUUUCAUAUAGUACCUGGAUCGGAAAUUUCAAAUUCCUACAACAAGAAAGAAGAGCAUCCCCAAUUGAAAGUUUUCUUAUACAAAGAUGGAGUCGAAAGUUUCAAUUCAUCUCAUCUGGAUUAUAUGAAAGCUAUUUCGUGCGAUCAAUUUAAUUACCAUUAUGACCCUUCUGGUGAAGAUUCACUCGGUCACAGUUAUCGUUUUUCGAAUCAGGAUGAGAAAGAGAUCUGGCAAUAUGGUCAUAAAAAGGUUUUACAUCCAAAUUGGAGCUUCACCCAAACGGCUGAAGGCACUCAGAGGUAUUUAAAUGCCCGUAAUAGCUCAGCGCAGAGAUAUUCGGAUUAUCGAGAUGCUCCUCGACCAUUUCAACGAGACCGAAGUGAAUACAAUAUCGGAAGUUUUCUCUCGGACGAAGAGAAGGGUAGAUUCCCGUCAGGUAUUACAAUCGCUGGCUGGAAGCUGAAUUGA